CUGUACGCAAGCGCGCGCUUCUGGGCGGAAGCGACAAUCCCCGCUGCACGUGGGCUACGGGGCGAUGGAGGGGGCGAUGCAGACUGAAUCUAAGAUCCGCGCUGAGUCUGGAACGGAGUCUGGCCCUCGGGGCCCCGGCUGUAGCCUCCGGCACUUUGCCUGCGAACAGAACUUGUUGUCCCGGCCCGAUGGCUCUGCCUCUUUCCUGCAAGCAGGGAGAAGAUAUCUCCACUUUGGGGAUACCUCCGUCCUGGCAGGCGUGUACGGGCCGGCCGAGGUGAAGGUCAGCAAAGAGAUCUUCAACAAGGCCACCCUGGAAGUGAUCCUGAGGCCGAAGAUCGGGCUGCCUGGUGUAGCGGAGAAGAGCAGGGAGCGGCUGAUCAGAAACACUUGUGAAGCAGUAGUGCUGGGAGCGCUGCACCCCCGCACCUCCAUAACCGUGGUGCUGCAGGUCGUCAGCGAUGCUGGCUCUCUCCUGGCCUGUUGUCUGAAUGCUGCCUGCAUGGCACUGGUGGAUGCAGGUGUGCCCAUGCGGGCCCUCUUCUGUGGGGUCACCUGUGCCCUAGACUCUGAUGGGACCCUCAUGCUGGACCCCACAGCCAAGCAAGAAAAGGAGGCCCGGGCAGUCCUGACCUUUGCACUUGACAGCGUGGAACGGAAGCUGCUGACGUCCACCACCAAGGGGCUCUACUCCGAUGCCGAGCUCCAGCAGUGCCUGGCUGCAGCCCAGGCUGCCUCCCAACAUGUCUUCCGCUUCUACCGGGAAUCGCUGCAGAGGCGUUACUCCAAGAGCUGAGGCAAGCCAGGGCAGGCUGCCCCUCCUGCCACCGCCACCCGCUCCCCCCAGCGUCACAUAAACCGGCAGCCCGGCCCCACCUCUGUCCUUGUGUGCCUGCGUGAGCUUGUGGUCCUGUAGCUGCAGGGGCACCCCGACCUGCCGAGAAAAUGUGGCUAUGAUAGCCGGCCCCUGGGCCCCGGGGGUGGGUACAGACCACACCCCAUCCCCGAAAAACACUAGUAGGGUGGUGCAUUUACUGAAUGAAUCUACUGAUUCUGACAGCCCCGUGAAGUGGGACUGUUACAGAGUAUGCAGGCCCUGCUGGGUGCUGAGGUCUCAGGAAUGAAUGAGACCUAGGUCUCAUGUUCAAGGAGCAGCGAGGUGAUGGACAAAUAAAAUUGGUGUUUGUUGGAUGGUGGAUGCUGUUUUAAUAAAUAGGGAAGAGGGGUUUAGGCAAGUUUGUGGGGAUGGGGGACAGGUUUAAUACCUCAGUCCAUGGAGAGGCAGACAUCUGAAGCAAACCCGGGAGGCAGCCACGGACGAGCUCAGAGACUCAUGGACACGUGGGGGGAGGACCCCCUGGCAGAGACAGGCAGAGGUUCCAGGACCAGCAAGGUUGCCAAGUGUGGCUGGAGCAGAGUGAGGGAGGGCAGGAGAGGGAAGAGAUGGUCAGGGAAGCAAUGGGCUUUGUGGGCCUUGGAGAGGAAUCUGGUUAGUCCCUGUUUUAAGGUAAGGAAACAAGCUCAGAAGCCAGUUAACUACUAGGGGUCACCAGCUAGUUAGCUGCGGAGCACGGGUCCCACUCAGAGUCCAGACUCAGGGACGUCCCUGGUGGUCCAGCAGUUAAGACUCUGUGCUUCCAUUGCAGGGCACACAGGUUCCACCCCUGGUCAGGGAACUAAGAUCCUGCAUGCUGUGCAGUGCAGCCAACAAAAGAGUCCAGACCCAGAGCCCUCACCAUUCAGACAAACCUGGGAGCUGCCAGCAUACUUGGACCUCAGGUCCCUGUCUGUGAACGCAAGUGGCCGAGGCCUGUUGGUUCUCCAUUGGGGUGACAGCACCCGCUAAGGGGCUUUUGGAAAUGGGUGUAUUUUCAGCUCUGGUUUGUCUGAUCCCCACCCUCACACUUAGGGAGCAGGAGCCAGGAACAUGCUAGCAUCCUGCAAGGAAUAACAUGCCCAUCGGUGGGCCACUGACGUUUGGGGGUUUAUGGUGAAGAUGACAUCUGCUGCACACUUCACAUGCGUGAACUGGCUCACACGGUUCCCAUGACUGCCCCUCUGGGUAGGUGUCAUUUUCAUCCCCAGUAACCAGGAAGGAAACAUCAGUAUCUUUAGCUUGAAAUUACGCUCUGUGAAGAGGCUCAGGAGAGCACAAACAGGGAAUAGUGUUGUUUUCUAGCAAGAUUAAAUGACAUUAAAUGGAGUGAAAAACACUAAACCGCUGUUAUUUUUUUACUUGGUAAUAUCAGGCUGCAUUUAAUGUGCUUCUGAUAAGCUCAAAACAGAGCAGCUUUGCCUGCCAGAGUGCCAGCCAGCACUUUGAUGCCUUAAGGCUCCAUCCAUCCCAACCUCAGGCCAUGUGAUGGGGCUGCUUCCUACCCCAGGUGGGCCAGUGAGAGGGUGCCUGGAGAAGAGGACCUUUGGGGUACCAGGAGGGGGAGCCUGCACAGGGAAG